GCCGGACAUGCCUACAGCGCGGAGAUCGGAGAUCGACAUCGACGGCGGCUUAAGUGGAGUCUCAACACUGUGGAAGUUCGGUCUGCACUGCGUUCGGCUGUGAAUGAUAUUUUCAAAUCGAACGCUCGAUGGUUGAAGGGCGACGUCGAAUUCGAAGGGGUCUAACGCGGCGUUAGGUUUGCAAUAUGAAUGGAAAACAUGGGUGUGCAUUGGUUCAUCGUGUUGUGGAUGUUUUUUUGUGUUCGCCCGUUCGGAUUUGUGUCUGUCGCGGCCCAAACGGCAUCUUCGAUGUGCAACAUACAGGAGUGCAACUGUACUGUUAAGGCAGCUCCUUGGAUAGUAAUUAACUGCAGUUUAAGCGAGGGACAGGUUGUGAAUACGAAAUACGUCCACGUUCCGGAAACUGCGAUCGAAAUCUUCAUAAAUGGCGGUCGAGAGGUGAUUUUCUCGACGACAACAUUCAAAGGCAUGCCCGGAUUGAAUCUCAUUCGCAUGAACGGAGUGAGAAGGAUCUGGAUGGAGAAGAAGUCCUUUUAUUUAAUUAACUCUUCUAGUCUACUAAUUCAAAUAAAAAACUGUGAUGAACUUAUUAUUAAGACUGGUGCGUUUGAACAGUUACAGAGUUCCGUCACCACCGAGAUAUUCGACGUGGACUUCAUCAGCAUCGAGCCCUUGGCGUUCAGCAAGCUCUACAACAGCACGUUCAAAAACAUCAAAACGCUGAAGCUCCACGAGCGAGCUUUCGAAUUCGACAACCAAGCCGAUAAUUACGGACACGGCCCCGCCGUCAUCAUCAUCUUCGACAACGCGGCCAUACCGAGAUUACCGCGCGACGUGUUCCUGGUGUCUCUGGCGAGCGUGUCGUUUCGCAGAUGCAACGUCACUCGCGUGGAGAACGACGCUUUCAAAUCCACCGAGAUCGCUCUGAUCGAAUUCAUCGAUUCCAACGUCGAUACCAUAGAAGAGGGAGCGUUCGCGCAACGGGCGCUGAUACACGAAUUAAUUAUAACGAGAUGUAACAUUACGAAAAUCGAUACGGGAUCCAUUCUUGCCUCCAUGGAUAAUUUUUCAUUGACCGAUUCCCUUGUGGUUGAUAUCCAACCUGGUGCCAUAAGCGCAACGACAGUGAGAACAGAAUUGAUCAACAACGAGAUUUUCAACAUUUACUCGCAGGGUGUGGUGGUAAACAGUUGGAGUUUUAUACUGAUGAACAAGAACAUUAUAAAACGAGUAUGCAGUAGAUUCAUCGUGCCAUCAGACGAUAGGGUAAACAGCGCAUUAUCGUUCGUCGGUAACGAAAUUUACGAUGUCGAAGAAGGAGCUUUCGCGCAACUGUCGCAAUUCGGGCCGCAAUUGCUUAAAUACGACGACAAUUUCUUCAAUCGAUCCUGCGAUUGUUCGAUCGACGCUUGGCUGAUUAAAAUAUCCAAUAGCACUCGAUUCAGUCAGAUAAUCGGAGACACGAGUUUUUGUACGGUCAGCACGACGGUAUCGAAAUGCUUCUCCCUGCCGGUAGGUACGAUGAACAUAAAGAAUUUCACAGAGAAAUCCUGCAAAAAUUUCACGUCAUGCGAACCGUACGAGGGAAAAACCCGAAUCGUCGACACGACCAGUAGGAUAUUCGUCGAGGAAUUCGAUUACUCCAAACAAACAGUUACCAUACUAAUAAUCACAACGGUAGUAGUGUUCGUAAUAAUCGUCGUCGUCGCUCUAUUCAUGCUCAUCCUGGGCAACCGAUGGAUAAAGGAAAAAAUCCAUUUCCGAAGCAACAACUACAACAACAACGACCUGAGUAUAGAAGAAGAAGGCACCGUGGUUACGUUAGACGAGAACAAGCAAAUCGAAAUGCCCGACGAACUCACCAUGGACUUCCUGCAGGACCUAAAAAAGCGCCUCGACGAUCCCGCUACGCGACAGCAGGCCGAAUACAUGAUCGAAUAUCUGUACGAAACCUUCGUCGAAGAAGGAUACGAACCGAACAAUCGCCAGGACGAGGCGCAUUUGUACGAAGAGCUGGGCAAUUUGAAGUUACACACGCCGCCGCCGCCUUACGAGGAAGAAAAAGACGCAGCGGCCGAAAAUAUUUUGAAAUUAAUGGAGCAAAAGGUCAAUCGGCAAAUACCUGCGAUACUGGCAGGGGAUUAUUCCGAGCCGACGGAUGCGGCGGUGCAUCUGUAUUCCGAAUUGAAGAAAUCCGAUAAAUGUAAUAAAAAGGAAAGUAAUUCGACGACAGAUUCCAACGAAACAUUCGAUUCACAGGAUUAUUUGUUCGAUCAACCCGGACCGUCCACAAAAAUGUGAUCAUUUCAAUGAAUGAUGGAAAUUAACUAUUGGUAUAUAGAAGAGAAGCGAGGAAAAACUGUUGGAAAAAUAGUUGGAUUGUGUCGAAACUCAAGAAAAUUUUAAUAUUUGAAGCACAUAAAUCCUCUUUGACGACUAUCUUUUCAUUACAUUGUUAUAGGUACACAUGGUGCUCAAUUUCUUGUAGAAAAUGCCAAAUAUUUUGGUCGAAUUAAUGUACGUGGAUACUUCGAUAAAAAAACAAACCAAAUUGCCUCGAACGAAAAAUCGGAAGGCAAUUUUCUCAUUACAUGUAGAUUUUUUUAACUUUUAACGUUGAUUAUAGCUUUAAAUUUAUUCCAAUUUUCUUGUACAUUUCUGUAUAAUAUCGCAUAAUUACUUCAAAAGCGGAAAUUACGAAUUAAUGCGAGUUUGUUUGACGAGUGGCUGCUUAAAGGACUGAAAUGUAUAUUAUAAAAGGCGUGUCAUUGAAUAAAUUAAUGUUUAAUAUUUUAUUCCAUUUUUAAGGGCACUUGUUAGUAGAUAAAUAAUUGUAUUUUAUUACUGUGGCAAUAAUCGUAGCGUAAACCUCAACUAUUAGGUAAUAUAAUUAUCGUUAUUGAAAUAAAUAUUGUAAAUAGAAAUUUAUAUAUCUUCUUUAAACGACUUUCAUGAAGCUUUGAAAGUAACGAAUUCUUUCAGAAAUUAUUACUUAAUUGUAUCAAUACGCGUUUACUUUUUUACUAAAAAAAUAUUCUUAGCAAGGUCUGUCUUGCCUUACUGUGAUAAUGUGUUAAGUUGUAUAUUUUGUAUGUUAUC